AUUUUUCAGGCUGUGGCUUCACUGCCUGAAGAUAUGAGACCUGGUGCUGAUCUGUAUGGUUUCCCAUGGGAGAUAGUGAUUUGUGCUGGCGUUGUUGGAGCCCUUACAAUUCUCUCAUUCCUGUAUAGAAGUUACCGAUCAGUUAGAAGUCGACUUUAUAUAGGAAGAGAAAAACAGCUUGCCAGUAAAAUUGCUGAACUAGUUGAAGAUAAAUGCAAAAUUCUUGAAAAACUCAGCCUUUGCAAGAAGGAGUUUGAAGAUUUAGAAUUGUCUCUGAAGGAUGAUAAUGUUAUGAAAGAAUCAACAGACACAUCUUUUUUUGAGGAAAUGCAUGAAAAACUGAACAAGUCGAACUUGGAACUCAACCAAGAAAUAGAGAGUCUAGAAAAAGAACUGGAAGAAGAAAAAUCGAAGCAAUCAGAAAAUGAUAACUUGGUGGCUGAAAUUCAGAAGAGAGUGGAGUCUUUAGAGAAUGAAGCAAAAUCUAUCCAGUCACAAAUUGAUGAGGCCAAGUCCACCUUAAAAGUAUAUCAAAUUAAUACAGAGAGACUCAAGACAUCUGUUCAAGAUGCAGUAGAUGAAAACUGCCGUCUCCAGGAAAGUGAGAAACAGCUUUUACAAGAAGCUGAAGGAUGGGGUGAACGAUUUAGUGAACUAAAUGAACAAACUAAGAUGUUUGAAUCGUCUAAAGCAGAUAUAGAAGAAGUAUUGAAAAAUAAAGAGAGUCAAGUCAAGUCACUGACACAAUACUUGCUGAAGAUGAAAGACUGGAGUUCAGCAAUAAGAGAAGAUGAUAAUGCUGAAGAUGAUCACUGGGACAGAGAUAUAAAGGGUGAAACAGAGAAUGGAGAGCACUUAGAUGAUCAGCAAAAACGAACUGUAAAGAAAUUGAUCUAUGCUGCAAAGUUAAAUGCUUGUUUAAAGACUCUGGAAACAGAAAGAGAUCAAAUGUAUUCAAAACUGUCUGAUGAAAAUAAAGCUAAAGGAGAACUUACAGAGCGUAUAGAAAACCUUCACAGUCAACAAGCUGCCUUGCAGUCUGAAAAUGAACGUUUUGAAAGUGAAGUUCAAAAGCUUCAGCAGAAACUUAAAGUAAUGACUGAGCUUUAUCAAGAAAAUGAAAUGAAACUACACAGGAAGCUGACAGUAGAAGAGAGAGAACGCCUACAGAAGGAAGAAAAGCUUUCUAAAGUAGAUGAAAAAAUUAAUCAUGCUGCUGAAGAACUAAAUAGCUACAGACAGCGAGCAAAAGAUCUUGAAGAAGAGCUAGAAAGAACCAUUCGUUCUUACCAGAAUCAGAUUACUUCACAUGAGAAAAAAGCUCAUGAUAAUUGGCUGACAGCCCGAGCAGCUGAAAGACACCUCAAUGAUAUAAAAAAAGAAAAUGCACAUAACAGACAAAAAUUAACUGAAACAGAAUUUAAACUUGACCUUUUAGAAAAAGAUCCUUAUGCUCUUGAUGUUCCAGUUAGACCAUUUGGCAGAGAGCAUUCCCCAUAUGGACCCUCACCAAUGGGCCGGCCUUCAUCUGAAACAAGAGCUUUUCUUUCCCCUCCAACUUUAUUGGAGGGUCCUUUAAGGCUUUCACCUAUGCUUCCAGGUGGAGGAGGAGGAAGAGGAUCAAGAGGACCAACUGCCAUGUAUGAAGCUAGUAAUGAGAGAGGAGAGCUGAGUUCUGAUAGAUUAACUGAUCCCCACAGGCCACCGUCGGAUACUGGAUCCCUGUCUCCUCCUUGGGACAGAGAACGCAGGAUAAUUCUGCCUCCACCAGGUGAGCCUUACACUGAUCCAGUUCUUCCUCCUCGAAGACAAGAAAGAUUUUUUCCUAAUCCUCCAAAUACUGGAAGACUUUCUGGACCAGCAGAACUACGAAUUUACAACAUGCAAUCUUUCGAUAAAACAGAUGGACAAAUAUCUUCAGAAAACAGCCCACGAACAGAACCAAGUGGAAAUGGGAUGAAAGAUCAUUCUAACCUUAGUAACUCGCUACCUGAUCAGCCGCUGGCAUCCGAAAGUGAAGCCGUCUGUUCAGGGCUUGCUCCUCCCCGUUUCCCUCCCGUCCGACCUCCGUUGAUGCCUGUGGAUCCUAGAGCACCUUUCAUGAGACGAGGACCUCCUUUUCCUCCCCCUCCUCCUGCUGGCAUGUAUGGGCCACGUGAAUGUUUCCCCGUACGAGACUUCGGGCUUCCGCGCCCUCCACUGCCAAUAAGAAAUCCAUUUCCAAUGAGAUCAUAUCCUCACUAUCCACCUCAACGACCUGGAUUUUUGCCUCCACCACCUCCUCCUGAAAACAGAGUUGAGCCCCCUCAGUCAAACCCAGCAGCUGUAGAACAACCAGAACCACAGCAGGAGACUUGACAGAGUCCUUUGAGCAAUGUGCUGAACUCCCCUAAUGGCAUUUUUCCUUCUGUUAAGUAACCAUUGUUACUUAGGUAUAUAUAAACUACCUUGCUCAAAUUGAAGCUUAAUAGGAAAUUCUCAGGAUAGUAUUUUGUAAAUAAAGAAUGAAGUA